UCUCUCUCUCUAUUUGAUUUCUCUGUUUUUCUUUUUCAACUUCAAUUUCCCUCUCCCUCUUUCUCCAGUCCUCAGACUGGCAUCAGCUUUGUAAGUUGUCAAACUUUUCUUUACUUUGGAAAUCUGACAGGCCCAUAGUCAUAACCACCCGCCUGCCACCAUGAGCUUACUAUCUCUGCCCAGAUCAAGCCCUUUCCAGAUGCUAGGGUGCGGACAUUAGCUCCUGGACUCUCCCUCUGGCCCCAGAUAAGAUAAGAGUAGGGAUCAGCACUAUAAAGGGGCCCCUCGUCCUUCCCCUGGCCCAGGCUUCAGCUAGCUGAGCCCACAUCAGCCCAGGAUCAAUAUGGCUGUCCACCUGUGGGUGGUGACCCUGGCCUUGGCUGCUCUCCUCAUUGUGGACAGGGAAAUGCCAGCAUCGGCAGAAAAGCUCGUUUUCUCAAGAAUGCCCAUCUGUGAGCAUAUGGCAGAGUCUCCAGACUGUUCCCAGACAUCCAACCUGGUCUGUGGCACUGAUGGAGUCACAUAUAACAGUGAAUGCGAACUCUGCUUGGCUCGGAUGUAAGUCAGCCCCUCACUUCCCCCUCUGCUUGCUUGGAUGGGCCCCAUCUCUAGUGCAUACAAGUCUGAAAGGAACAAGACUUGACCUACACACUUGACCUGAGAAGAGUUCUUCAUUUGCCCCUACAGAAUGAGCAUGAGUAUAAUGCAUGUACAUGGUUCCAAGCAGGAAAAUACAGCUGGUAGGGAGCUGGGGUAAGGGCAGAAACCCUGGGUUCUAUUCCUUGUUCUGUCUGACUAGGUGACCUCAUUUAUUUAUUCAUCCAGCCAACAAUUAUUUAUUGAGCACCUAGUAUGUGCUAGGCACUGGGGAUACAACAGGGCAUAAUAAACUAGACAGCAUCAUUGGCCUCCUGGGGUGUAAGGUCAAUCUCAGGGGUAAGCCAAGCUGAUGGUUAGCCAGUUGCAACAUAGAAUGCUAAAGGCUCUGGUGGGAGUACACAGGGUUCUGUGGGUGUAGGGCAAGGGCAGGGAAUACUUCCCGGAGGAGGUAACAUCCCAGCUCAGCUCUGAGGGAUAAGCAGAAAUUAGCUAGGAAAACGAAGAAACAAGGAAAGGUAAUUCCAAGUAGAGAAAUGAGUUUGAAAAGGCGUAGAAGGGAAAGCAAGUUUGUAUUUGAGGAAAUAUAAGACAUUGGAUACGCUGGAGUAUAAAGCUUAAAUAGGGGAGAGGCAAGAAAUGAGUCUAGAAAGGUGGGCAGGCCCAGAACAUGACAUUGGUACAUCAGGUCACCUGUUUGGUCUCCUGUCUUCAUUAAUAAAACCCUU